AUGGUUCAAUCAGAGCACUUGGACGCCCCUGAUGGGUCCUCCCUCAUUUGGAUUCUCGACCAUUGCUUCCGCUAUCCCGGGUCAUAUGAAAUCCCCUUACGCACCAUGUACUCCUUGAACUGCAACCCAACGAGACAGCCGCCGCCGAGUAACCGUCGUCCCGAGACAGCAUUCAGCCACCAUUCCUCCAGUUCGUCCAAAUCCUCAUUGGCCUCGCUCCACGAGCCAGCAACCAAUGCGGCGGACUUCCGGGCGAUGGUGACUCACCAUGCCUCUCGUGUCCGCUCUCAACCAUGCUCUCUUCCGCCCAGCUUUGUUACGGACUUUCUUCGUCGAUGCUUCACCCCUCAGCUGGAAGACGUCGACUUUCCUCUGGCCCUGACGGGUCUCGACUACCUGAAGGAUCUUGAGAUCCGGCGCAGGAAGGAGGUCGCUGCAGCCCUGGAACGGCUCCAAUUAGAGCGGUCCGAUCUAGAAGAGAACUCGGAGCUUUCCAAAACGCACCCGGGAGUCUAUGCGUGGAUCAAGUACCUCGACGUGCAGAUUCGCAAGGCGCUCGCGCUUUAUACGCAGAUCUACAUCGGCAUCCGUCGAUGGACCUUGAUCAACGAGAUGCUGAUGGAACCAUUCAACAAAGCCAACUGCGUUGCCAUGCUGAAUACCCUGUUUCCCCCGGUGACCGAGUCGACCGAAACGCCCACCCCCCAGCUGACGCCCCAGAUUCUCAAAUCGCAGCGUGACGGCUUCUUCCGCUACAUCUCUGCCAUGGGCACCAAUGGCAGGGGCAUCCUCGAUAAGAUGAUGGCCCAGGGUGGCCCAGAAGGCGAAGCUUAUGGCGGGUGGGUGCCGGUUCGAGAUGCCUUGGACAAAUACCUCCGCAUCACCAACGACAUCAUCGACGAGUGCAUGAUGGUGAGAAGCCCCGCCAGCUUCGAGCCUAGCGAGGACUCUCAGACUCGCUCUCAUAAGGGCCGGAAGGUGGAUUCGGGCAUCAGCUUCGGCUCCUCGGAGAAACUGCCCGCCCCCUCCAUCCACAGCUCCAAUAGCUCCGAAUCCGUCCUGGAUAAGCCGCUGCCGCCUUUCCCUACCAAGAACCUCCCCGCUGUCCCUCUCAAGACGGGGGGUUCUACUCUGGAGCGGCUGGCUCGGGAAAUUCGCAAGCUCGGCGAUGCGGGCAAGGUCAAGGGUCUCAAGAAGAUGCGGUCGACGAGUGCCCUCAAUGCUCGAUCGCAGAACCUGCCUACCCACAGCCCUGAUCAUGAGCCUUUCUUCGAAGGUGAAGAGAUGAAGCGCAGCCGUUUACUCUGGGAGGCUAAAAGCCGUAAAUCGUCUCACUCCAAACAACCCAGCACUGAAGCAUUCCAGGGAUAA